GCGGGGUGUUCAAGUUUGGUUGCGAUGGUAGAUGGGCUUGGCCGGUGACUGGCAGCGCUGCUGCUGCUGCUGUGAGGCUGGACUGCCCGGCGCGAGCUCUGGUCCCUCUCCUCUCCCCUCUUCCCCAGCCGCGGCUCCGUAGUGAGGAUGGUGCCCUAGCAGAGCUGGGACCAUGUCGGAAGCGGCCCGGAGCCACCUGCAGCGCUGGGGCGCCAGUUUCAGAAAGGGGACCGACUUCGACUCUUGGGGGCAGCUGGUGGAGGCGAUAGAUGAGUAUCAGAUUUUGGCAAGACACUUACAGAAGGAGGCUCAAUCUCAACCCAACAACUCCGAGUUCACAGAAGAUCAAAAGAAAAUCUUAGCUAAGAUCGCAACAUGCUUGGAAUUAAGGAGUGCAGCUUUGCAGUCUACACAGUCCCAAGAAGGAUUUAAGCUAGAGGACCUGAAGAAACUAGAACCAAUCCUAAAGAAUAUUCUCACUUAUAAUAAAGAGUUCCCUUUUGAUAUUCAGCCUGUUCCACCAAGGAAGAUUUUAGCUCCUGGUGAAGAGGAAGACUUGGAGUUUGAGGAAGACGAUGAGGAGGGUGGAGCUGGAGCAGGCUCUCCAGACACAUUUUCUGCUAGAGUUCCAGGCAUGGCUCCAACGUAUAACCAUGUGCUACAUCAUUCAUCUAACCCAGGAGCCAAUGAAGGUACUUUAUUACCCAGAUUGCCAUCUGAACCUGGGAUGAUGUUGCUUACUAUCAAAAUUGAGAAAAUUGGUCUUAAGGAUGCUGGGCAGUGCAUUGAUCCCUAUAUCACAGUUAGUGUGAAAGAUCUCAAUGGAAUAGACCUUACUCCUGUGCAAGAUACACCUGUUGCUUCAAGGAAGGAAGACACAUAUAUUCAUUUUAAUGUAGACAUUGAGAUUCAGAAACAUGUUGAAAAAUUAACAAAAGGUGCAGCUAUUUUCUUUGAAUUCAAACACUAUAAGCCUAAGAAAAGAUUCACUAGUACCAAGUGCUUUGCCUUCAUGGAAAUGGAUGAAAUUAAACCUGGGCCAAUGGUCAUAGAACUGUACAAAAAACCCACUGACUUCAAAAGGAAGAAACUUCAGCUGUUGACCAAGAAGCCAUUGUAUCUUCACCUUCAUCAAACACUACAUAAAGAGUAACUCUUUUGAACUGAACCACUUGCCACAAAACCACAGUAGCUGCUUCUGUAGCAUUCAUCCUUCAGCAGGCAGGAAGAAUUGGGAGUGUUUCACCCUGCUGGUCCCAUAUGGGUGCAUCAAAUGCUGCACGGCUAUAGGACCAGUAUCCCAGUCCCUACCACCCAGGAAGUCCCAGUUCCUUUGGAAAGUAUAUUUUUUAAUCACAGGUAUUCCAAAGUGUCUUGUGAGUUUGCUUCUGAUUGGACUGGUUGCGUGUAUUCAGUUUUGUAACUUGGUUUCUGUACCUAUAUGAGAACUUAAAGGCAGGUAGAAAGACCACAUCUGCCACACCUGAUUCAGCAAUAAAGAUGUGCCAGUAUCAACAAA